AAGGUCGGAUUGCUCGCUGACUUUGAAUUUGACCUCAGCCUACGACGAUGACCAUCAUCAUGGCCAAGUAUAAUCUAGAAGCCAAGGUCCAUUGAGUAAUAAUUUGCCACUACUAUAAAUAAGUAAGUGCGGCAGAUUGCAGGCUUUCUAUUCAGAGCCACUCGGUCGUUUUUUGUCUCCAAGCCGUCGUCCUCUGUGCCCACGCGAUUCGCUUCAGCGACCAUCAUGGUACCCGUUCGACUUUGUAGCACGUCAGCAUUGUAGAAUUGAGAAUAGGACGAGGUGAACGAGCGACGAUGAACAUUACCGGGAAUCCGGAGGUAUUUCAUACCUGCUAUUUUACUCUUACCACCACGAUGUCGAUUCGAAAGAAACGUAAAACUGCCACUUCUAGCGCGAGCAAUGAGCCUGUGAGCGCCCCAGGACGUUCUCAACCCGCCAAGUCCAAGGGGAGCCGUAGACUUAGAGGGAAACUGUCAGCAUUACUGGAACUGCCACUGGACAUUCUCCUUGAGAUAUUCGGCUUUCUUUUACCACUAGAUCUCCUUCACCUUUCACGUCUUAACAAGGAUUUCCGAAAGGUCCUGAUGAGUAAAUUGUCUAUAGGCGCUUGGCAGGCUGCUCGUCAGAAUCUUCCCAAUUUUCCAGGUCCGUUUCGAGGCAUGUCGGAACCUGCAUGGGUGAAUCUCGCGUUCAUUGCAGAGUGUCACUUUUGCACCAGAACUGUCCGGAAUCCGGACAUGUACCUUAUGACUCGUGUCUGUCCUCCUUGUGCUUCUGAAAGAUUGAUAAGGACACGAGUGCUCGAGGCCAAAUUGCUCUUAGCGCAUGUCUCUGCUAGAGAUGUCACCGGUCUGAUACCUGCUCAUUGUACCAGUUAUCGCAGUGGUGACCAUACAGGUCCUAAACAGUGGGACUGGUGGUCAUUGCAUAGCGACUAUGAUGCUAUCUGCGCGAAGCUACUGUCGUUUGAAACCUCAGAAGAAAGAAGCAAAUUUAUCACAAACCAAAAGGCACUAGUCUCUGAGGAUCUCAAGCAUUCACGUAUUUGCGAGAUAUGGAACACUCAACGCGCAAGUGAACGCUAUCGUGAAAUCCAUCAAGGGAAGAAAGACAGAAGACAGGCGAUAUAUAAUAAACUUAAAGAACUCGGAUACGAAGAAGACCUUAAAGGAAUCCGCCCAUGCUUUGAUCCCCUCGCCGAACAUCCCCAGGUUAAAAAGAAUGUCCCGUUAACUGAACGAGGUUGGGCCAAAAUCCGGGAUGAGCUAGUCACUUGGGCAGAGGAUAGGCGAGCCAGCCGCUUGGCCUGGGAACAUCAAACGCUGGUCAAUUCCCGCAAGCCAAUUGUCUUGUCUGUCUUUCGACAAUACAAAAAUGACCGCGCACACUACCCCGUCACCACCUUCUUCCCUUCCGUUGCCGAUUUCUCUCGAUUUCUUCCUAUCACAGAGGUUCUAAACCUCCCAUCUGACGUUGAAGUCAAUGAAGACAGCUUUGCUACGGUCAUCUCCCAAAUUCCCGAACUUUGCAGGAUAUGGAGGGGCCAGAUCAAGAGGAAAUUAAUCAAGUUGCUCCUCGAGCCUGAUCCAGAACGCUCGAGGGACGAAACGAUCCAUCAGUUGCAACUGGCUUGCAAUGUGGUGAUUUGCAGUCAUUGUAGUGAGUUCCCUGACACAGCACGUAGGCGUAGGGGGCAAAGUGCAAACCAAACGUUUUCCGUCAUGCCUCUUUUCUAUCCUCAGAUGCUCUCGCAUCGGUGCAUGCGAGCCAGCGAUCAUACCGUGUUCAAGUCAAUUAAAGAUGGCACAGGUAGGCUCAAGUAUCCGGAAUGGCAUAUCCGUGCGCCAUGGUCAAUGGAAUACAUCGCAGAGAACGACAAGCUCCGGAGCAUCGUCCAGUGUAUCGUGAAGAUGGCCAAUCUUGAUCCGGCCACGACAACUGUGGCUGAGAUGGACGCUGACGAGUCACUUUUUGCUUGUCUCCUGUGCGAAAAGCAACAGCUCACGGAAUCAAAGUCACAAAUGUUCAUCCUGUAUCGGUGGAGAGAAUUGGCACGACAUAUAUUCCAGAGCCACUUCUAUGCGACCGUUAAGUUUACCCGUCAUGUCCACAAAUUCGACUCGGGAGAGCUGCCCGCUAAUUAUCAAAAUGUUGGUCCAGUGGGCCCAAUCAUGUUCCAGUGCGUUCAUUGCCAUGAUCUUCCAUCUGAGAGUGCGGACAACUAUAAUGGACCGGAGGAGAUCACGAAACAUAUGAAUGACCUGCACCCUGAGGUAACGACGCCGAAGCUGAAUAAGGAUUUCUACGUGCCCUUGGGUGAGCCAUCCGAGGCUCACAAGGGCAGGAUUGUUGUGAUGGAGCUGUCGAAUGACACUAGCGAGGAGUUGCGGGUCACCUAUAAAUGCGCUCUGGAAACGUGUCUCCAGUCCUGCCAGUCGCAGUUCGGGUGGGAGACUGACCCUGACCCGGACAUCCAUUUCGAUGAGCUCAACGAAGACGAUCUUUUGGACGAGGACUUUGAUGAUGAUAGCUAGGCAUUAAGCUCGGGUUAGUCCUCGGGUUCCAAUCAUCGUGUCUACUAGUUCAUCUGAUGGUGAAAUCGACGCUAUCUCUUCCACUAGAGGUGUAAUGAGACGUGAAGUGAAUUUAACUAAUAUGCCGACCU